CUUACACCCUCCCUUGUCCUUGGAAUGUACAUUUUACCCAUUGUUCUCGCCCUAGGAGCCACUGCAAGGAUGCAGCCUUGAGAGAUAAUGUGUUAUUGACACCAUCUGGACAGUACAUGUGAGAGAACCCCCUUAGGGACUUCAUGUAAACUCUUAAGAUUCUGGGGGACAGGUGUGGAGAUGGACUCAUCUUGCAGCUGUCCAGGACAAGCAAGGAAAUCUCGGGGCUUAGCUCUAUCGAAAGUGCUCGUCUGGGUGAUUUUUGAGCACCACAAUCUCGAAGUGCUGGCGUCCGAAUGCAUUUUCCUUUGCUUUGCAAAGAAGACUCGUGAACUUCAAAACCCUCCGAGGAGAAUUAUUAAUCCUGCUUUGCAGGAAAGGAAAACCCUCAAUCCCCGGCCACUGACUACCCCUCUCCGGAGACCCUGCGGUCGCCAGGGCGCUCCAAGCCGGAAGGGGACGCUUUGGGAAUGACCAUGCUCCACCGAGGGACCGAGCCGGCCCCCAGCUUCUCUACACAGAGCCUCCUCCACUAAAGCUCCAAAAAUCAAAAACCGUAAUUGCCAGAAGAAUCAUUAAAAAAAAAAAAAAAAUAGUCCAGCCACUACCCUCACAUGCAAACGGAAUAAUCACUCUGGAUUCUGCAUUGUGAGCUGCUCUCCAUACCCUGAAUUACCUUUGAAUUCCAUCUUUUUUUUUCUUUGAAUUUGCAUCUCUUCAAGACACAAGAUUAAAACAAAAUUCAUGCUAAAUUGGAUUUGAAAUUAUCUUCCUUUUAUUUAUCCUUCGUCUUUCUUAUGUGGAUAUGCAAGCAAGAAGAGGCGACUGGACAUUCCCAACAUGCUUACUCCCUUAAUCUGUCCGUCUAGAGGUUUGGCUUCUACAAACCAAGGGAGUCGGCAAGUUGAAGAUGAAGCCCCGAGCAGAGUGCUGUUCCCCCAAGUUCUGGUUGGUGCUGGCUGUCCUGGCCGUGUCAGGCAGCAGAGCUCGUUCUCAGAAGAGCACCCCCAGCAUUGGCAUUGCCGUCAUCCUCGUGGGCACUUCAGACGAGGUGGCCAUCAAGGAUGCCCACGAGAAAGAUGAUUUCCACCAUCUCUCUGUGGUGCCCCGCGUGGAGCUGGUAGCCAUGAACGAGACGGACCCAAAGAGCAUCAUCACCCGCAUCUGUGACCUCAUGUCUGACCGGAAGAUCCAGGGGGUGGUGUUUGCUGAUGACACAGACCAGGAAGCCAUCGCCCAGAUCCUUGACUUUAUUUCAGCCCAGACUCUCACCCCCAUCCUGGGCAUCCAUGGGGGCUCCUCGAUGAUCAUGGCAGACAAGGAUGAAUCCUCCAUGUUCUUCCAGUUUGGCCCAUCGAUUGAACAGCAAGCUUCUGUGAUGCUCAACAUCAUGGAAGAAUAUGACUGGUACAUCUUCUCUAUCGUCACCACCUACUUCCCUGGCUACCAGGACUUUGUAAACAAGAUUCGCAGCACCAUCGAGAAUAGCUUCGUGGGCUGGGAGUUAGAGGAAGUCCUCCUGCUGGACAUGUCCCUGGACGAUGGAGAUUCUAAGAUCCAGAACCAGCUCAAGAAACUUCAAAGCCCCAUCAUCCUCCUUUAUUGUACUAAAGAAGAAGCCACCUACAUCUUCGAAGUGGCCAACUCAGUAGGGCUGACUGGCUACGGCUACACGUGGAUUGUGCCUAGUCUGGUGGCAGGCGACACAGACACAGUGCCCUCGGAGUUCCCCACCGGGCUGAUCUCUGUGUCCUAUGACGAAUGGGACUAUGGCCUCCCUGCCAGAGUGAGGGAUGGAAUCGCCAUCAUCACCACCGCCGCCUCCGACAUGCUGUCCGAACACAGCUUCAUCCCUGAGCCCAAGAGCAGUUGUUACAACACCCAUGAGAAGAGGAUCUACCAGUCCAAUAUGCUAAAUAGGUAUCUGAUCAAUGUCACUUUUGAGGGAAGAAACCUGUCCUUCAGUGAAGACGGCUACCAGAUGCACCCGAAGCUGGUGAUCAUCCUUCUGAACAAGGAGAGGAAGUGGGAAAGGGUGGGGAAGUGGAAAGACAAGUCCCUGCAGAUGAAGUACUACGUGUGGCCCCGAAUGUGUCCUGAGACAGAAGAGCAAGAGGACGACCACCUGAGCAUCGUCACGCUGGAGGAGGCCCCGUUUGUCAUUGUGGAAAGUGUGGACCCUCUGAGUGGAACCUGCAUGAGGAACACGGUCCCCUGCCAAAAGCGCAUAGUCUCUGAAAAUAAAACGGAUGAAGAGCCAGGUUACAUCAAAAAAUGCUGCAAGGGGUUCUGUAUCGACAUCCUUAAGAAAAUUUCUAAAUCUGUGAAGUUCACCUAUGAUCUUUACCUGGUUACCAAUGGCAAGCAUGGGAAGAAAAUCAAUGGAACCUGGAAUGGUAUGAUUGGAGAGGUGGUCAUGAAGAGGGCCUAUAUGGCAGUGGGGUCGCUCACCAUCAAUGAGGAGCGUUCAGAGGUGGUCGACUUCUCCGUGCCCUUCAUAGAGACUGGCAUCAGUGUCAUGGUGUCACGCAGCAAUGGGACUGUUUCACCUUCUGCCUUCUUAGAGCCGUUCAGUGCUGACGUGUGGGUGAUGAUGUUCGUGAUGCUGCUUAUUGUCUCGGCCGUGGCCGUCUUCGUCUUCGAGUACUUUAGCCCUGUGGGGUAUAACAGGUGCCUCGCCGAUGGCAGAGAGCCUGGCGGCCCAUCUUUCACCAUCGGCAAAGCUAUUUGGUUACUGUGGGGUCUGGUGUUUAACAACUCCGUCCCCGUGCAGAACCCAAAGGGGACCACGUCCAAGAUCAUGGUGUCGGUGUGGGCCUUCUUUGCUGUCAUCUUCCUGGCCAGCUACACUGCCAACUUAGCUGCCUUCAUGAUCCAAGAGGAAUAUGUGGACCAGGUUUCCGGCCUGAGCGACAAAAAGUUCCAGAGACCUAAUGACUUCUCACCCCCUUUCCGCUUUGGCACUGUGCCCAAUGGCAGCACAGAGAGAAAUAUUCGCAAUAACUACGCAGAAAUGCACGCCUACAUGGGGAAGUUCAACCAGAGGGGUGUGGAUGAUGCAUUGCUCUCCCUGAAGACAGGGAAACUGGAUGCCUUCAUCUACGAUGCAGCAGUGCUGAACUACAUGGCUGGCCGAGAUGAAGGCUGCAAGCUGGUGACCAUUGGCAGCGGGAAGGUCUUUGCUUCCACUGGUUAUGGCAUUGCCAUCCAAAAAGAUUCUGGGUGGAAGCGCCAGGUGGACCUUGCUAUCCUGCAGCUCUUUGGGGAUGGGGAGAUGGAGGAGCUGGAAGCUCUGUGGCUCACGGGCAUCUGCCACAACGAGAAGAACGAGGUUAUGAGCAGCCAGCUGGACAUCGACAACAUGGCGGGCGUCUUCUACAUGCUGGGCGCGGCCAUGGCUCUCAGCCUCAUCACCUUCAUCUGCGAACACCUUUUCUAUUGGCAGUUCCGCCACUGCUUUAUGGGCGUCUGUUCUGGCAAGCCUGGCAUGGUCUUCUCCAUCAGCAGAGGUAUCUACAGCUGCAUCCACGGGGUGGCCAUCGAGGAGCGCCAAUCCGUGAUGAACUCCCCCACCGCGACCAUGAACAACACCCACUCCAACAUCCUGCGUCUGCUCCGCACGGCCAAGAACAUGGCCAACCUGUCUGGCGUGAACGGCUCCCCACAGAGCGCCCUGGACUUCAUCCGCCGCGAGUCGUCCGUCUACGACAUCUCCGAGCACCGCCGCAGCUUCACACACUCCGACUGCAAGUCCUAUAACAACCCGCCCUGCGAGGAGAACCUCUUCAGUGACUACAUCAGCGAGGUGGAGAGGACUUUUGGCAAUCUGCAGUUGAAGGACAGCAACGUGUACCAGGACCACUACCACCACCACCACCGGCCCCACAGCAUCGGCAGCACCAGCUCCAUCGACGGGCUCUACGACUGCGACAACCCGCCCUUCACCACGCAGCCCAGGUCCCUGGGCAAGAAGCCCCUGGACAUCGGCCUCCCCUCCUCUAAGCACAGCCAGCUGAGCGACCUGUACGGCAAGUUCUCCUUCAAGAGCGACCGCUACAGUGGCCAUGACGACCUGAUCCGCUCCGAUGUGUCCGACAUCUCCACGCACACGGUCACCUACGGCAACAUCGAAGGCAACGCGGCCAAGCGGCGGAAGCAGCAGUACAAGGACAGCCUCAAGAAGCGGCCGGCCUCGGCCAAGUCCCGCCGGGAAUUCGAUGAGAUCGAGCUGGCCUACCGCCGCAGGCCGCCCCGCUCCCCCGACCACAAGCGCUACUUCAGGGACAAGGAAGGGCUGCGGGACUUCUACCUGGACCAGUUCCGCACCAAGGAGAACUCGCCGCACUGGGAACACGUGGACUUGACUGAUAUCUACAAGGAGCGUGGCGAGGACUUCAAGCGCGACUCGGUGGGCGGAGGAGGACCCUGUACCAACAGAUCGCACCUCAAACACGGGACGGGUGACAAGCACGGCGUGGUCGGCGGGGUCCCAGCCCCCUGGGAGAAAAACCUGACCAACGUGGACUGGGAGGAGCGCUCCGGGGGCAACUUCUGCCGCAGCUGCCCGUCCAAGCUGCACAACUACUCGGCCACGGUGGCGGGGCAAAAUUCGGGCCGGCAAGCGUGCAUCCGCUGCGAGGCGUGCAAGAAGGCCGGCAACCUGUACGACAUCAGCGAGGACAACUCCCUGCAGGAGCUGGACCAGCCGGCUGCCCCGGUGGCCGUGACGUCGAAUGCGUCCACCACCAAGUACCCCCAGAGUCCGACCAACUCCAAGGCCCAGAAGAAGACCCGGAACAAGCUGAGGCGACAGCACUCCUACGACACCUUCGUGGACCUGCAGAAGGAGGAGGCCGCCCUGGCCCCGCGCAGCGUGAGCCUGAAAGACAAGGGCCGCUUCCUGGACGGCAGUCCCUACGCGCACAUGUUUGAGAUGCCGGCCAGCGAGAGCACGUUCGGCAACGGCAAGGCGGCGGCGCCGGCCGCGGGACAUCACCAUCACAGCAACCCCGGCGGAGGCUACAUGCUCAGCAAGUCGCUCUACCCCGACCGGGUCACGCAGAACCCUUUCAUCCCCACUUUCGGGGACGACCAGUGCUUGCUCCAUGGCAGCAAAUCCUACUUCUUCAGGCAGCCCACGGUGGCUGGGGCGCCGAAAGCCAGGCCGGACUUCCGGGCCCUUGUCACCAACAAGCCGGUGGUCUCGGCCCUACAUGGGGCUGUGCCAGGCCGCUUCCAGAAAGACAUCUGUAUAGGGAACCAGUCCAACCCCUGUGUGCCUAACAACAAAAACCCCAGGGCUUUCAAUGGCUCCAGCAAUGGGCAUGUGUAUGAGAAACUGUCUAGUAUUGAGUCUGAUGUCUGAGUGAGGGAAGAGAGAGGCGAAGGUGGGUACGGGAGGGUUGGGCUGUGGGCGUGUGGUGCGCAUGUCACGGAGGGUGACGGGGGUGAACUUGGUUCCCAUUUGCUCCUUUCUUGUCGUUUUCAUUUAUUUAUGGGAUCCUGGAGUUCUGAUUCCUUCUGAGAGCGACCCUGGUGACCAGCACCAUCUCUGCUCCCUUUCCAGUCCCCUCCUCCUUCCCCAUCUGUCCAUCAUUCCCGUCCCGAUUCCCGCGAGAGGAUACGGUGGGCUCACUCCGCCGGCGAGGGCGAAGCACAGAAAGAAGUGGCCGCGUGCAAGCUUCCUCCUGGCGUGGAAGGACUCUUUGCCACGCACUUCGAGUGAAGCGAGGAGAAACAGGAGGAGGCCACAAGAGCACAGGAUAGCUGUUCCCAAACUGCUCUUUAUGUUUAGGUGAGGAAGCAGAAGUAUCCAGAUAAGAUCAUUUAGCAUACUGCCUGUGAAUGAAAGGAGGCUUUUGCUAAAUUCUUGUUGCUUAAAUGGCGUCUGUUUAGGGAUCAUGCGCCAAGAAGAGGGUGGGAAGCCAUGUGUGUUUAUAUAUAAGCCAAAAAAAAAAAAAAAAAAAAAAAGCUUGGACUCCAUGGGCCUUAUUGGUGGUGGACUAGAAUGAAAGGUCACUGACAAGUAAUGUGAGUACAUUAUGGCAGUGUUUCAUGGUGCGUUAGGGGCAAGGAAGGAUGGACUGCUUGUGCAUGUGUGUCUGUGUACCCCUGCACACGUGUUGUCUAUACACACCAGUAGUCCUGCCUAUUCGUGUGGAGAAGGCAGCCUUGACUCAUGAUAUUGUUUCUUUCAAUAUCCUUAAGAAACGUGCUUGUUUUGGCUUAUAUACAAACAGAGAUGGUCAUAUUUUAUCUGAAUUUUGGCUGUCUCACCCCUCUACCCUUCCUGAAUGAGGAAAAUGGAAGUUCUUGAUGGAAAAGUGUCUGUGGUUUACACAAAAACGUGGGUGAAUGAUCCUACAGAAGCAACGCGUAAAAGUAAUCCCUUCGUGGUUGCCAGUCCUUUCAGCCAGUUUUCACCAAGAACUUUCCAGGAAGGCUAAAGGGAAAUGGGGGCAGCCAGGAUUCUUUUUGCCUGUACUUGAGAGCAGAGGAUUGUACAAGGCUCUCUGGAGCUUUUUAGACCCUCGGCUGGCCAGUUGGGGGUUGGGGGGGGAGGAGCCAAGUAAGGCUUUGACGAACAGGGGAGUUGUUUAUGGUAGGGUAAGUGAGAGAGGGGGAUGUUUUCAAUGCUUUGAUCCCUUCUUACUUAACCUGGAGCUAGGAGAGCAGGCUUGUUCCUCCCCAAAUUGGCCACAACCAAUGCAGAGCAGUGAAGAAGAAUGAGCUUGCCCCAUGAGUACAGCUCGGGAGACACGGAAGGAAGGGAAGAAAUUUGGAAGUGGGGAGAAGUGGGGAGGGACUCCUCCUUGCUACCCAUUUGGCUCUGGCUCCCUGAGAAUGUGACAUUGAGCCCAGUGGGGCUUCUCUGUAGAAGCCCCUCCAUCUUCCUGCAACACCUCCUUUCCCUGCCAGAUCGUCCCAUUCGAGAAUAAAUAAAUAUAAAUAUAUAUAUAUACACAUAUACAUAUAAACCUCCAGGGAUGAGGGUACUGGCGGAUGAAAUACCCCCUUCACUCAAAGUUGGAAACUUGAGAGGGGAUGUGAAUACUUGUCACUGCCAGUCCUGAAACUUGGGGUAGGCGUGUUCUGUGGGUCAGUUCCACUGUCCUGCCAUCCUCCCCUCACCCAGGGUGGCAGCCAAAGAGCCGGGUCAGUGUGGAAGCUUGGCUGCAGGAGCUCCACGUUGCACACAGGACACAUAAACCAGAAAGGUGCUUAUCCUCCUCUGGAAGGAAGCUGCCAUGUCUCUUCAAGUCACACCCACCCUGGCCCUGACUCACCACCCUUCCUCACCCCUGCCCUUGCUGCCCCUGCCCUCUCCCUUGUUUUUUUUUUUUUUUUGUUUUUUUUUUUAACCUCAGUCUCUUUCAUUUUCAAGCCAACCGAAGGCCUUGUAAAUCUUCGUUUUCUUUCAAACGAACCUGGGGGCAAGGGGCUGAAUCUCUCACAGAUCUGGAGAGAAGAGAACAGAGUGCUUUACCUUAGAGUCAAGGAAAGACUUGGAAAGAGAGGACAGAGGGCAUGAGGCAUCUCCAGGAGGAAGAAGGCGAAGGGCCAUAGAACAUUCUUCACCCUGACUCUGUCCCAGGUCAGGGAUUCCUCCCUCAUUCUUCCUCUUACCUCACCCCUUUCAAAGAAAAAAACCAAACCAACUAACCUAGCGAACAGCAAUCUAGAACAAAGGGGGCUCUGUCAUCUCCCCUGGUGACAGAAAUCGAGAUGGUGUUUAUUUCAUAUGUAAAUAUUUUGUUUUCUAAUUAAUUUUGUAUAGCUAAAGUGUUCUCUUGUGAGUAUUCAGGGUGUUGGGCUGGAGGGAGUGGGGUGGGGAUGGGAAUGAAGGGGGAAGAAGUGUUUUGUUACAGGGUUUCAUUUUCCAUUGGGGGGGAAUUGUUUUCUAUGGCUUUCACUUCAGGGGAUCUGGAGAAAAAUGAAUGGGAACAGAGGCCACUUCAUUGAGGCUGCCAAGGAAGGGGUGUGUGUCUAUGCCUCUCACUUCACCAGUCUUCUUAUUGGCCUGUGAGAAAUAUCCGUGCCCUUCAGCCUGGGCUUGGCAUUGGCCCCAGUUGUCUUGAAGCAAAUCCCAGGCCCAGCUCCUAUCUUCCGGGUAGACCAGCGAUCACCAGCAUCUGUGCAAAGUCAAGCUGGUGGCGCCAUAUUACCCGCAUCUGCACCUAGGGCAGGAAAGAUUCCCCAAAAUGCUUUAACCAGAAUUGCCAUCAAAUCAACCUCACACCCUUAGAUGUGGCCGAGAGGUUUCAGGAAGCUCAGUCUUGAGAAAUCUCCCUGCAGCUCCCUCUGAUGUUUAACAGGCUUCUCAGUCACUCUGACCCUUUUCUUCCUAGUACCUGGAAGAAACUCUACUGGCCCCCUCCCUUCCUCCACAAUUUCUAAAAUCAGCACCACAAGCACACUUAGAAAAUUCCCACUCAGUCCCCUUUCUUGAAGCAUGUGUUAUCUGGUUACAGGGAGGUAGCCCUAGAUAUAUGUCUUACCAAUUUGCAUGCUUUUCCAGAAAAGAUGACCAGAUCUGCUCAAAACUCAGUGGCCAGAUGAUUCUCUUAGAAAGGUGGCAUAAAUUGGUUUUAGAGGUAGAAGGGUGAGUACGAGAGGGAUGAUGCCAGUGGUGGUUGUAUUCUUGCCUUGUCCUCACUUCUGCCAUCAGGAAGGUGCUAUUAGCCUUGAGCCAGGUAUUCAUAACCUGACCUUGGGUUAACCAGACAAGCUGAAUUUCUUUCACUGGACCAUUGGCCUUGUGAAGAGUGGCAGCCUCUCUGUCUUUACGACAGGAUGACAUUUCCAAAUCCGUUUAGCCAAGAUAAUACAUUACAUUUUUGUACUAUCCUUUCAUCAUCAAAAGCUGUCAGCUGGAUAAUUUCAUUUUUUUAAAUCCUUCUUUGGCCCCAGCUGACCACCUCUCUUUCACCGGAUGUUUGAAUGAAGACCAAAUAAGGUAGUCAUGGCCUGCUCAAGAAAGCUUAAAGAAAGGAAGGCUGAGCAAUGCCAAGUUCUAGCUGUUACUUGGUUCCAAAAUAACAAACCAGGAAAAUGCACGAGGAUGAAUUCAGUUAUCAGCCCCAUCUAUUCCACAGCCCCAUCUAUUCCACAGUCCAUUGGGUCUGGACAAAGACCCAGUCUAUCCAAAAUGUGUGAUUUCACAGGCAUUCUCAGGAGGGCUAAUUGUUCCUUUUUUUUUUUUCUUUUUUUCUUUCCGAAUCCAUGCUUUCUAUCUUUAUGGAGUCCUUUAUCAAUCCCUUUCCUGUGGAAGUGGGUUGGUGGCUGUGGUCCUGUAUGUGGUACCUUUCUUAGUAGCCAUGCUUAAAUUUCAGCAUUCCUAUCAACCUCAGAUAAUCUAACCCUUGAAUUUGCCUGAGUCAGAAGUGUACACACCCUUCAGAGUGCUGCAUGUACAGUGGAUCUUGUCAUUGCCAAGUAUGUCACUGUGUAUCUUCAGCCAGAAUGUGGGAAAUAGCCUUGCUGUGGCCACAGCUCUCCUGGCCACAGCUGUUUUGACUGGGGGAAAAAAAAUCCCACAUGGUUCCAUUAAAUGUUGGUGGUGUCAGUAGUGCCAAAAUGCAUGUGUAAUGUGAUAAAAUAAGAGUCGUCUAGAAAAGUAAGUGAAUAUCACCUGCCCAAUCUUCUGGGGCUAUCAGGAGUUGCCCAAGGGUGAAUUCUCUGCAUGGGAGGUGAAGAAACUGUGUUACCAAAAUGCAGCGUGCUGGUCACCUGCACAUCUCGUUUAAGAACUAGGGUUUCUUUGUCUUUUUGUUUGGUUUGUACUUUGUUCAAGAUUUAGGGACAGAAUAGCCAGAUUGUUUGGGCAAUAGCCUUAGGAAAAAGCUAUUCCAGAACUCACUUUAUUCUUUUAAUUCCCAUCUCUUUAAAAAAGCCCUGUCACUGCUUGACACCCUGUGUGUGUCUCAUAUGUUAAGAAUGAUUCAGAUGUACACAUAAAUGAUGUAGCCUCAGUGCUCUGGUGAAUGCAUUAGGCAUUUCCAGGUACUGUGGCCAUUCUUUACAUGCUCUCUAUACCCAAAGCCAUAUAAGAGAUGUGUGCUCAGUAGACUGCCAGAUGCUUUGGUAGAGCAUUUCUUUCUUCACUUGAGUGUCAAGAGACUCUCUUUCCUAUCUAAGGAACUCUCUUAUGGAUGAGAAGCAGUUAAAGGGAGAUAGUUAUACUGGAGUGUGUCUGGCCUUAAAAAUGGCAUGUGGUCCAUGGUGUGACUUCAGAGGUCCUGAGAAGACCUUUCCUUUUUAUCCUAUAUCCCAUUCCAACAACUGGCCUGCCACCCAGAUUUAUUCCUUCAGCCCUAAGCUGCUUCUCUAUCAUUUAGAUGAAAAACAUCCUGGGGAAGGGUGCCAUAUUAAGCCAUAUUAGGGAUUUAUACAUUUAAACAACUAGUUUAUGAGUCUCAUUUCUUUUCCUAGGAAUCAAAUAAUGACACCGGAGAAGAGGGAGAGAGCAAAGCCUGCUAAGAGUAGCAAAUGGCGAGGAAAGAUACAAGUUCUAAGUAUAGAGAGAGCGAGAGGAUCUCAUCUUUCUGCUUUUAUUCAAGGCUCAUGUGACAUGGAAUAGGACUCCUAGCUAGAGAUUCUUUUCCAUAAAGCAGUCACAUGAGCAUGUAGUUUAUGAAUUUCUAAUAUCAAUACCUGCAGGGCAGGCUAAGGACUUGGACCCCUUCUGUAGAAAAUGGAAGACUGAGACUUCUCCUCCAUUGCAGGUUACUGAGUAGACAGCUAGAAGACCAAAUUUUGAUAAUGAAAAGUUACUGUUGUUCUCUGCCCUCAGUGCCAAUUCAAUCAAUCUUCCAAUUUAGUGGUGUUCUAUAGUCUGCACUUCCCCACCUCUGUAGGGGGUGCCCACUGAUCCCAACAUACACUGGGGAGCUACUGGACUAGAGGGGUAGAACUUAACCAGCGGAUGGCUCUUUUUUAGACCUAGCAGAUAUCUGGGACAUCACUAAAAUAUAGAUUCAUCAGUCUGAGAACUUCUAGGAAUGAUCUGAAUCUAGGAUUCCUUUCUAGUUUGGGGGUCCCAGUGUUAUAUAAAAUCACAGGAUAUCUGAAUAAUAUCCCUCCCUCCAUCCCAUUCCAACCCCAUUGACUCAAUCACACAGGGAUCCUAUGGGUCCUAUGACUACAGAGAGAGACCCCUCUCUUCUCAUGACAAAAAAAACAGCCCCAGAAAAACCUAAAAUGAAAACCAGUGCACUUUCCAUGCCUUGAAGAGAUGAGUUUACUUACAAUGUUGAUGCAAGGGGGAAAAAAAUCUUGCAAAGAAUGGUGGGUUAGGAUAGCAGUACUGGGAAUAAGUGGGCAAAGUUAGAAACCAUCCAUGCUUCUCUACCAGCAUGUCCAUUUGCCUCCAUCUCAGAUCUCAUCCCAGUUUCUGGCUCUGUUUGUGCUUGAAAACAGAAUUACUAGUGAGGAAUCCUGAUGAGAAUUGAAGGUAGAAGGCAGAGUAGAUGAGUCGAAUUCCUUAUGGCCUGGGACUCUGGUGUGUAGAAUCUGUGUUUUGGCCAAGGUGAAAGCAUUGGAACUUGAUGCAAAGAUUGAGGGUACAAUUAAAAAGCAUGACACUAUAAGCCCAUUAUAAAACCAUUCUUUUAAAGAGUUAGUCUCAGCAAUUCAAACCUGAACUCUUUUUAUUGCCAUUAUGUUAGCAUUGUGAUUUAGGGGGUGGAGCAGAUCCCAGUGCUAUUAUGAAGGAUGGGGAAAAAAACCCACAAAACUCUAGUUAAAUGUGUUAGUUCAAUUUAAACCAGUGUCUACUGAACACAUAUUAUGCCUCUGGGCUGGUACUGUGAAGAAUAUAAAAGAGUUUAAAAUGGAGUAUAUUAUACUCCCAUAUAAUGUGUGAAUAUCAAAGCAUACACUAUUUAAAUGUAUGUAUUAUAUACGUAUAAAUAGGUGUGCCUAAAUGGGCAGAUUUAUACAUGCAGGUUUAAUUUUUUUCUGGUUUCAGAGGGUAAGUCAAAGAUUUCAUGCAUUAUAUUAUUUUAAAACACUGCAGAGAUUCAGCUCUCCCCUUCAUGGCCAUGCCCAAAUCCUUCUUUUGGAAUUAUUCCACAUCCCUGUGCUAAAUCUCUGAAAUUCCCUCUCUGACCACAACCUGGCAUUGUCUGUAUCCUCUCUGCCUUCCUUCAAGCUCCCUUUGUUCUUCUUCCAUAAGCCCGUCUGAUUUCACUUUUCUCCCUCCUUUGUCUCACCCUGUGCUCACCCACACCAAAGACACCCUAACCAGCAAUCUCUUCCUCUCACCUUCUCACCACACCUACCUUGCUUUCCUGACUCUGUAUCCCGUUCUCCCAUCAUCCACUCCAUCUCCAGGGACAGAAGCUCAAAACUGAUGCCAAAGAGUACAGAUUGGAUCCAUUUACUCUCACCUAACCCCUACCCAGAUAGGACAUAUUUUUUAUCCUCCACCACUGACCCACCCAUUACAUUCUCCAAGUAUUUGUUAAAUUUAUCCUUUAUUUUCUUUUCAUUUACAUCUUUCUUUCCGACCAUAUUAUUAAGAAAAGAUAUCUGACUUUGCAGAUUCUCACAUGACCUCUCCUCUCUACCUUUAAAUUUUAAUUCCUUCCUGUUCUUCACUCAUCUUUGCCAUCCUUCCUCCCAACUCAGUGCUCCCUUCCCCAUACUCUGAUACCCUCUGACCUCUUCCAAGGUGCUCCCACCAAUAGCACUUCUCCCUGUUGCAUCUUUAAUCUCUUCCACACAUCCACCUACAAUAAUCUCUAAAAACAAUUCUCAAUCCUACCAUGUCUAGAAACAAAUCCUACAACAAUCUCUAAAACCAAAUCUUCUCUCAAUCCAAUCAGACUCUGAAUUCCUGUCCUGUCUCCAUUUUUUUUUUUUUUUUCACUUUCAAACUUCUCUGAAGGGUAGUCUUUUUCUCUUCCUCACCUAAAGAGAGUAAAGGUAAUUUAACCUUUAAAAUUGGGCCCCAUCCUUCCAUUGUCCUGAAACUGCUCAGUGGCAGCAUCCCAGUGAACUUCUUGGACUUGUUGUUACAAAAUCUGAUAACCGUUGGGUCUUUUUUAUUCUGCUCUUCAGCAUCAUGAAUACUAACCUAAAUAUACUGCUGGGUAGCAGCAUAGUCUGGUUUUAAUCCUAGCCUCUCUGGGUUUCACCACUGGUUCCUACUAUUAGUCCUGUCUCCUCAGCGUUGACUUGGCAUGCUCUUCCUUUUCUCCAUGCUUCUAUAGCUAUAUUUCUAUUUUCUACCACUUCAACGACUCUCUGAAGGAGGAUGAAUCCCAAAGAUUUCCUCCUAGACCUGAAUUUUCAACUUAAUACACAUAUUUCCAGUCACCUCCUGGACAGCUAACUUCAUAUUGAGUCAACUAUCCAAUGGAAACCAACAUAAUUACCAAGUCCUGCCUCUUGAUUAAUGGUACUACCUACCAUUCCUUCUGUCACCAAACUAAAGCUUUUCGGCCCCCUUUGCCUUCUCCAUUUCCCUCAUCCUGCAUGUCUAAUCCUCUAGAAAGCCUGGUUAUUCUUACCCUGAAAUUUUCUAAGUCUUUUCAUUUAGGCCCUCCCCUCUACUUUGGUUUACUUCAAGGUCAUUUAACACUGUUCCAGAACUUUAUAUUUGAAUCUACUCUUCUCAGCAUCACUCCAUCGACACAAUUAAAUCAUGUCAUUCUCCUAGCUCAACAAAACAAACAACCCUUCAUUGGGCUGUAUAUUCCACAACCUACAACUAGAAUAACUUCCCAUUAUUUUGCCUGUGUUUGUUUGUGGCUCAAAGAGCAAACACAAUCACACUUUUUGUCCCUUUCUUUUCUUGUAUACAACUUGUUCUCCCACUUUUGUCUUUCCGUAAACUGUUCCCUUUGCCCCACAUUCUCUCCUCCCCAUUGCCUAUCUCAUUCCCUUCUUGCAUAAUAUCCAUCUUCCUCUGUACAAAUCUUCAAAGACCAGAACAAAUGGACACAAUGUUCACUUUAUUCCAUCUCUCAUUCCCCCCAAAACCCCAUAUGUAGGGAUAUGCCUUUCAUGAAUACCCAUAGGACCUUAAUUGUGUCUCUCUAGUGGUAGCCAUCAUGAACCAUCUUCUUUUAUAGUUAUUUAGCUACACAUCCAUCUUCCCUGCUAGACUGUUAACUCCCUAUGGUCAGGGGUCAUGCAUUUAUUCAUCUUUUAUCUCCUGUAGCAUGUCACAGUGCAUCUUGUUUAUGGAAGGCACUGAAAAAUGUUUGAUACGAUUAUAAAUUGUAAUGGAAAAGGUGUCACUUUAUUUUGCCCACAGAAUACUUAAAUUUGCAGUAAAACCUAAGGAUGAGUCCUUUCACAUUUAUCUCUGUGUGUCUGCUUCCACCCACAAUCACUGUGACACUGAACGUGAAUCCAUUCCCAUGUUAAUUGUUAUUUCAGGUGGGAAUUUAGAUUUUUUUCUACAUUUUUAUUUGUCCUUUGAAGUUAUCCUGUGACUGUCUUAACCAUUAGUGGAGGGAACUUGGAAUACAGUAUAUAUACAAACAAAGUAAGUGAUAGAGGGAGAGACUGUGGAGGAUAUUGAUCAAAUGUUAGGUAUCAGGAGCUUUUCAGAUGCUUUGAAUGCACUUUGUCUCCUCCAGACACUGCUCAGCCCAGACUAAGUCUCUCACAAUCAGAUCUGUGCUGGGAUUGUUCUGGUCUUGAGGCAACCUAUAGCAUUUUUGUUAAGCACUUGCAGAAUCAUAAAGAUCUUGUCACAGUUCAGACUCACAAACCACACAGUUUUAGGGACCCCAGGUGGUGGUCCAGUAGGACCAGUCUCUUAUGCUGUGUGCUUGGUACUUUCCUCAUCUGUAUCUAUGCUGGAUCAGACUUGGGAGGACCUGUUUGUGCUGCUCAGGACCUAUGUCUUGAUAUUUGUUUCCUGGACUGUGGAUUCUCAUUCUUUCUGAGGCUUAGACUACAGGGCAGCUUCUCCCAAAGGGAGGACAAGUGUUGAAGUCAUCAAGCACUUUAUUUUUGUCUCUAUAAUGCAAAUGAAAGUAGUUAAGAUUCUGAGCUGGCUCAGAGAGAAUUCAAGUUUCUAAAUGACUCCUUUCUCUCUAAAUGUGAAGGAAUUCAUGACCUUAUGGCCUUCCUGUCCCUUUACUCUCUGAGCCCCUUUCACCCUUCCACACCGCUUUGAUGGGUUACUAAGGAAGCUGUCCGUUCCUUCUAAUCAGUGUCAGUUGCUGAACAAACUCCUAGAACUGAUACUGUCCUUUCACUUAAGCUGCUCUGGUCACUGAUAAUAUUCCCUUCUCCGGGCCAGCCUCCUCUAUAAAUUUCAUUUUGCCAUCGAUCAUGAAUUUUAAUUAAUGUGCGUUAAUUUAAAGCACCCUAUAGCAAACCAAACCCAAAUCCAGUUACAGCCUGUGAUAAGUCACUUCUUCAAAAAAGGGAACAAGGUCCAUUCUUCACUGAGAUGGGGCGGGGGGGGAGGGUGUGUAUUGUGGGCAAAAUGUGACAACUUGGGAGGCACCCUCAUGAGCAUUAAAAUGAAAAUCUUGGGAGGAGUGUUGUUCUUCUCAAAAGUUCCCUUAAGUCUAGAUAAUCCUGCUCCAGGAAAUAGGGAUAGUUAACAAUUUUAAAGCAAAAUCCAGCUCAUGAUGUUAUGACACUUUGUAUUUAAACCAGUAAAGCAAAUAGUCUGAUAAUUGCUGGUGGAAGUGUGGGGAGGUGCCAUCCUCGUGAAGAAGGACAUGCAUGAGUCUCUCUUGGAUCCAUGGAAUGAGGGAAACUGCAGGAUGCUCAGAGUAUAUUCAUCCAGAAGGCAGUUUCACUCGGGAGGUGUUCAUGUCCAUUACGAAAGCUGAGGAUGGGUAGGGGAGGAGGAAGGGAAAGCUAGGGGAGUCCGUGAUGGCCCUUCUCCUGGUGUCACAGAGCUAAGAGCUGCACCUGAGUCUCUUGGGUCCGCCUUGGUUACCGUUGUUGAUGAUAAGCUUUGGAAAAUAGCAGGACCCAAAGCUAAUGACCUUCCAGAUGUCUGUUCCUUUACUCAUUCCCAAGACGUGAGUGUUCACUCCAACUUGGAGCUUGUUUCCUGGGCAUAACUGGCCUGAAGCUACUUCUUGUUUUUUGAUUCCAUCUGUCACCUGAGAUGCGACAGGUUUCAAGGCACUUGCUGAGGGUCGCUCUCAUGGGGACUCGAAGUUUGCUUGAUCCAAGGCCAAAAACACCAGGGAAAGUAACAGCUGUCCAUGGCAGUGCCAGGAAAGCAAGCACCGCAUCCUGGCGGCCUUUGGCUGUAACUGUGCCCACUCGGCCAUGAGCAAUGAGUGGGGAACCUGGAUGCUAUCACAUCUAUAACAUCUGCAGGGAGGCCACUGGUGAGCCCCCAGCCAACGCUCAGGCUGUUCCCUUUGGACCACAGCACCCAGAAAGCUCCUCUUCGUCUCCCGGGCAGAUGGAGUGACUCAUCCCACUACCCACAGAAUCUGAGCCCCAGGGUGUGUCUCCCUCGCCCUCCUUGCGCUAAGAGACUCAGGCUCUGAAACCCGCCAGGACAUGGCUUCAGGGAAUGGGGCCGCAGGAAUGUGAGUGUGCUGGGCUGCCCGCUUCUCUUAGAUAAGGAUGCUCUCCAUUUCCAGAGGGUAUAUAUAUAUAAAUGUAUUUUUUUUUUCUUGUAAAACCAAAACAUGCCUGCCUGAAACCUCAGUCUUAUACAGAGACCAGUCUUUGUAGUUAACUCCCCAUGUCAUUGUCACAUCUGAAUUGUCAUUGAUCAUUUGCUUUUGAAAUCAAGGGCUAUUUUCGUGUUCCCUUUGGCCAUGACAUAGAACCAGUGGAAAAUCAGACAUGAGGCCCUGACACUGCAUCUGCCAGAGGUGUGCUCUUGUAACUUAUUAGUCACAUCUGUAAAUUCACCCCAGCAGCCUCACUAUACCUAAUUUGGCCUCUUUGUCAUGCUUGCGCCUGCUCCAACACACAUCACACGUGUAUACACACACACUCCUAACAGAUAGAUCCCAAACUGCCCAUGUCCAUUACGUUAUGGAGGAUCAGGGAUAUACAUUUUCCUGGUAAAUGAAAGUGUUCUUUUGGAACUGGAUGGACAGAUUGCAGUUUUUUGAGCCACCAUGUUUCCUUUGCUCUUCUGAGCCUGUGGAUCACCGACGCCUCAAGCUUUGACAGAAUAGCCAAGCUUUAUGAUAAGGGUUGUAAUAGAACACACAGGCGUACUAUGCCUGUCCCUAUUGAACCCUGUGGAAUCCAUGUGGUCCUCAGAUAUCCCAUUAGUGGGUCAGUGCUAAGAGGAUGGAGAAGCAAAAGACAGGCUCAAGCACAGACAGGCUCGAUGCUUAGAUAAACACAGUUCUAUGUGUACGCACAUCUCCUCUUGACAACACCACGAGCAGGGGUGGAGAGGUUCUGUCCUCAGUGGGGACACGAAAGGCAAAUGUACCGUGGGCGAUUCUUUAAAUUUUUCUUCUCCCAGGGUCAAGAGUGGGGAAACUAUCACGACCUCACGCCAGCAAAGAGGCUAGAGAAACAUCCAGGCAGAACUGUUAUUGCAAAAAACAGAACAGAGCAAAAAUACCCUUUCUGUCAUGCAAACACAAUUGGAAAAUGAUGGGGGCACUUACAGCCGUGUUUUCUUUCCCCUGGUUCCCUUACUAUCUUGCAUCCUUGUUCUCAAUAUAGGGCUCCUGAGGUGUUCUGUGUUCUAAGUCAGCCCCAAGCAGCUCACCCUCAAAAACACGUGCAGUGCAUAUGCACCAUCAGGAUGAGAAGCUGAGAGCACAGAACUUGAAUGUAUGCACGGUAUUUAAUAUUCUCAAACCAGAACCCAACAAGCCUAGUACAGUCAGCCCCACUUGACUCAUAUCUUAAUGAUGGGGGACAGGGCCUGCGGCGCAUAACUGAGUUCCUAGGAUCCCAGAAAAGAGAACAACUUUGUUGCUGGAUUCCUCCUGAGUACGUUCAGUGAUCUGGGCAAUUACCUUGGUCACUUCUUGGCAGCAGGCACAAGAAAUGGGGCACAGAGAAGUUUGAGGAGUCAUUGCUUACGCAUUCUUAGCACAAUUCCCUGAGCUGUGGCAGUUUCUAGCCUGACUCUGCUACCCCACCUUGGAGAAGGAGAGUUUCUGAGGUCACCAGCAGCCCGCUUAUGUCUUCACCAUAACCAUUCCUCCAGAUGGCUUCCUUUGGCAUGGAAGUAUGAUCGUCUUUUAAUUUUACAGAUGAAAAAAGUUGAAACACAGCAGAAUUUGAUGAUUAGUCAAAACUAAGGUUAUGUAGGAAAUUUUUGGCAGAACCAAAUUUGUCUGAAUUUCCAACUCUCAGCCUGGCUCGCCAAGUAAUGCUGCCUGAAUUAUUCACCCCGUCCUGUGUCCAGCAUCUAACAGAGGGGGAAAAUUCAGGGGAAAAAAAUAGGCUGCUGGUUGAUGGUUUACUCAGAGAUCUUUCCCAUGAGAAUUUGUCUUCUUCACAGAGCCAUACACACACACACACACACACACACACACACACACACACACACACACACUCCACAGGAGUCUAAGAGACAAGUCAAAGGCAGAAGAAAAAGAACUUAAAACUGAGAAAGGGGUAGUAGAAAAGUUUCUGUAAUGAAGAAGAGUUGAAAACUAAAUAACAAAAAUGGUUUUGAAUUUUGUGGGGUGACACAUUGUGAAUAAUUUUUUAUCAUUAAAACCUUUUUAUGUAGCAUGUAACCCACUCAAAUAAAGAGCUCAAGAAAAACCGAGACAGAGGAUUUCUUCCCGAGUGUUCCAUGGGGAAGGGAGCCUUCAAGAAUCUGUGGAGGAAGACAUGAUAGUCUGAAGGUGUCAGCAGUUCUCAUCAGCCCAUGGUGAGAAGGGCAACCUCAAGGGAAAGCCUUUUAGCUUCUGGGUAAUUUGGUCAAGUUCAAACACAGCAAGCUUGAUGCCAGUGGUUAGGUGUGAGUUAGUUCUGGGAGCCUAAGUCAAAAUAUAAGGAGGUUCACAUAUACAGUGGGUUUCAGAAGGAAGUGUUUAGAUCCCUCAGGAUCAUAAUAAAUAACCAAGCCCAGAGGAAGGGAGGCAUGGAUGUUGCAAAGACUAAUGAAGUUCUCCUGAGAAUUCUUAUGAAACCAUAAUUUUGCCCUAAGACUAUAACAGUGAAACCUUUAAGCACCCAAGAGCCAGGGAAUUCUGCACCCAUCUUCUUUUGCAGUCCACCUGUUCACUGGUGAAUAGUUCAAGAUCAGGAAGUAGUCAUCAGCCUUUCUUCUCACGGAGACAGGCAGGAUGUAGUUUCCUCUGAUAGCAGCUCUUGACUUCUUCUCAGGCCUAAAUCCAUGUCUUUAGUUUAUGCCGAAGAACAGAUUUUGGUUCACAUACAGAUCGUUCUUCUUAUACCAGGGGCAGUGAAAGAGCAUUGUGUACUAGUUCAAUGUAGAAAAUUUUUUUCAUUUCAUCAAUUCAUCUUGCCCCUGAGAAAAGAUAGAAGUGGGGGUAGGAAGUUGGAAGAGUCCUUAAAUAGCUGGGCUGAGUGGGGGGAAGGUGUCUUCUGUACCUUCAGUUCCAAUGUGGUCAUUCCCAGAGCCUGGCUCAGGACCCUGGCUCCAGAAAAGAAUAGGGGCUGUGAGAGGAGGUGAGUUUUAUUCCCAGGUACACAUGAUGUAGAGGAAGGUACUGAAGCCCUCCUUAAGCUCAAAGUGUAGAAUCAAGCUAAUUACAAGUAUCCUUUCUGCCUUCCCAAACACUACCUGAAAUCAUGAUGGCAUCACAGGAAGCUGAGGGAGAGGGAUAGGGCUGUUCUGUCCUGACGCCACAGGGACUCCAUCCUUCACAGAAAUGUUGUUGCAGAUACUGGGUCCUUGAUGCUGCUUCUUGAGUAACAGGGCUGACAGCUGAAGCAUAUUAGAGCAUCCCUGUUAUCCUGCAGCUUAGCAGAAUCAUUUCAUCAAAACUACAGAGGCCUUGUGCUUAGUAUUAAAGGUUCCAUAGAAAUGAAAAAGCCAGCCUUGCAGCAUAGCUAGCUCACGGGGAAAGAUAGGGAGCAUGAUGAGGGCAAAGUUUUACAAAGAAAAUCCAUGUCUGUGCAAGAUUGGAGUUGCUAAGCUGAGAGCGCACAUGAAAUGAGGGGACCUUCUCCUUUGGAGUAGAUUUUCUUGGACGUGGGCACUGGUGGUCCCGUGGAAAAGCAGAAGAAGGUAGAGUCUAUUUCAGAGCCCAGGACUCUGCUGGGCAGCAGCUGCCACGUGAGUUUAACGCCUUCUCACUGAGAGAGGCAGGAUGUCGUUUCCUCUGAUAGUGAGCUUUUGACUUCUUCUCAGCCCAGGCUUGUCCAUUCAGCACCUAGUCAACUCACACUUCUCCUUGGCCUCUUGCUUUCUGCAGCUGACAUGGAAGAAUAGCCUGCAGGAAAAUGGCCCUGUUGGGGAAAGGCCUGGCAGGUGGAAAGAUGAAGGAAACCAAGAACAAAAUCAUGAUCUUCUGGGACCAUUAUCAUCGUUCUCUGGUUUCCUUUGUUUCUUUUCAUUUUCUUCAAUACAUCAUGGGGCCAUCUAUCUGAUCAUCACCAACAGACAUCCUACUGGCAGAGUCUGGUGUGGAAAUUCACAAAGAAUGAAUAGAGUCAGCAUAUUCCUGUUAACCCUGAUGGUCUUUGGGGCUUAUUCUCUCCUCCGGACCAAGCUCUUCUUUGAGACACUUGUUCUUGUUCCCUUCCUGGCAGCCAUGCUUCCAAAACCAUGUUUAGUGACUGGCACCGAACAAGAAGAAUGAUGGCGAUCACAGGAAAUAGACCAAAAUACUUACUUUUUUAGCCACCGCAAGGUGGCUUUUAUCAUUGAGCCUUCCAGGUUCCUUACUUGGAAAUGCCUGUCCUUGCCUCUCAGCCUUCUUGACCACUCUUCUGGUUCCUCUUCUUGGAUUCACCUCCCUCUUCACCUCCUUUCCCAAAAGGAGGGAUGGCUUCCUUAAGCUGCGUUAUUACCUAAACCCUGAGAGCAUUAAAGGAAACCGUGGGUAACUUCUCAUGGUUUUCUCAUUAUUUCUUACCUGGGAAAGAUGGAGACCUUUUAAAAGGAGACUGAUAAGCAAAUAAGCAGGACCUUAUUCCCAGAUGUUUCACCUCAAGGUCAAGUGCUGGGAAAGCUGGUCGGGCCUGACCCCAAUGAUGAUCUGUGGUUUAACAGUGGACAGGGCUGUGCUCUGGACCUUUAGGCCUCCUCCAUGAGAAUGUGCCCCAGGACUUUGGUCAUGGUGCCUGUCGUGUGUGCAGAGGCAUGGUGUGGUUGUUAUCAUCUCUCUUUUUAUCGUCUCCAGGCACAAGCCCUGUGUGACAGGGGAUGCUUGCAUUAGAGUCUGCACAUGCUGGCGAUGUGACACUCUCCUCCACUCCCCUUGGCCUGAAGACCACAGACUUUCUAAAUAUCUUACCCAAUGAUCCUUUGUACGUUAUUUUUAAAAUCAUUAACAUUGUCUCUUUAUUCAGAUGAGAAAGUGAACCAGGAAACAGACUCUGUGAUAAGCAGACAAAAAGCUUUAUUCUGAAAAACUCUCUUUGCUGAGCUGAGAAAAAUUCAAAAGCAGUGAAAGGAGAAGUUGGGGUCGAAUGGUUUAGGGGUGAAGAGAUGGUGGCACCAAUACCCAGGUGCUCUAGUUUAUUCCAUAAGAGACUUGUUUGCUGUUCCCUGAGAGCUCAGGCGGAAGGAGAAGCUGGGCUGCUAUUGAUUGUUCAGAAAAAAGUGGUGACAGACAGAUUUUAGAAAGAGGCACAGACUUCCUUCCAUAGACCUUGGUAAGCACUGCACCUUAAUUCCUCAAAAAUUUGUCUGCAAACCGUUAGGGUAGCUCCUCUCCAACGAUUUCCAUUCUCCAGUCAAAAAUGUUCUGAAUAGAAGAGGCUUAGACCCAUUAUGAUUACAUUUUCUUAAAUUGGGACGGCAAAGGGAGCUGUGGAAAACAAAAUACAUCUGGGGAAUAGAGUCAGCUGAAACUUUUUUUUUUUUUUUGGAAUGAUUCUGGAUCACAAAGUUAGGUCACCUCUGAGAGAGAAACACUUUUAAAUAAAAUGGUAUCUUUCCAUCCCCAGUAAAAACACUAGGUUUCUAAUCUGAUUACUAUUUACUUCAGGAAGGAAAUUGGCGGAGUAGAUUACAAACAGGCACUUUUACAGAUGGAUUUAAUCCCUAGUCUUACACAUAUUAACUUGGAAUUUACUGACUCAGACAAGAUCUUUUAAGCUAUAAAAUGUGAUUGAGAGGUGAUAGAGCAUAUGUUCUGAGCAAACCAGAAAGGCUAAAAAAAAGGUUAAGUAAUCCUCCCAAAUAUUCAGAGUCUUUAUAAAUUCUGCUCCACCCACAAGGGAGUUAGGAGUUAGGUAACAGCAAGAGAGCCAUUAAGACUCAAGGUAAUUUUUUCUUAAUUAUUAAAAAUAACAAUAAACCCAAGGACAAUUCUUAAAUCAGAGAUGACUGUGGAAAGCGAGUCCUACUCUUGUUAUUUAGAAAUUUGUUAAAGUUUAGAAUAGAGAACCGAUUUUUUUUUUUUUUUUUUUUUUUUUUUACUGAAACUCUUCCUUUUGGGAGAUUUGGCCUAUAGUGUAGGAGCAGAUGGUUUAUUCAUGCAUGGAUAUUUAUUGAGUGGAAACCCUAUACCAAGGAUACAGAAGUUAACAGCACAAAGUCUAUGCCCUCAUGAAGCUUACAUGUUGAUGAGAGGAAAUAGAUAGGACAUCAGUAAAUAUAUUUCAUGUCAGAUACUUCAGGCAGUGUCCUGGAGAAAAAUGAGACAGAUUAAGUGAGGUAGAGGAUGAUAGGGUGGGUGUGGGGUUGCUACUUGCUACUUGUUAUAGGGUGGACAGGAAAAGUUUCUAUGAAAAGGUGAAAGUUGAUCAAAGGCUUAAAGAAAACAGGGGAGUGAACCUCAGAGUUUUCAUUGUAAAGGGCUUUUCAGACAAAUGGAAAGCAGUUGCAAAGGUCCUGGGGUCAAACCAUGUGCUUGGCACACUUAAGGGAGAGCCAGGAGGUCAAGUGAGUAAAGAGGAGAAUGUGGCAGAUGAAGUCAGAGAGAUGACACUGUCCCACAAGUCUUAGAGGUCAUUGUCAGGGCUUUUACCAAGAGCAAGAUGGUUCAGAGCAAGAGUGAUAUGACCUGACUCGCAUUUCAAAACCAGUAGUGUGACGGCUGUGUUGCCACCUUCUCUCUUGAGAUGGUGAGCAAUGGAAGACGUAGCAGGACCAUGUAGGAGGACAUUGCAUCCAUCCAAGUAAAAGGUAUAGUGGCUUAAGCCAUGGUGUUAGUGAAGGUGAUAAGUGGUUGGGUUCUGGAAAUAUUCUGAAGGGUUUGCUGAUGAAUUAGAUAUUGAGUAAGAGAAAGAAAAGAAUCAAGAAUGACCCUAGAAUUUUUGGCUUCAGCUGCUGGAAGUUUGGAGUCACCAUGAAUGAGAUGGGAAUCCUAGAGGUCAAGUAGACUGGGAAAGAUAUCCCCAUGGUAAGGUUUUGAUCUCCCAUCAGACGUCCUAAUGGAAGUGCUGAUCAGGCUGUUGGCUAUGUGAACAUGAAGUCUCCAGAAGAGGUAGAGCCUGAAGAUACGAUUUUGGAAUUUGUAGGCAUUUCGAUGUUGUCUGAAGCCAGGAGACCACAGCUCUAGGAGUAUAGACAGAAGAGAAUCUCUCAGCCUGAGCCCUGGGGGGAUGCUCAGAGCCAUAGGAGAGGAGGAGGAGCCAGCAUUGGGAGGUGCGGCCAAGAGUGGCCGCUAUGGCAAUAUGGAGAUCAUUCAUUUCAUGACCUGGCCAAGAGCUGUUUCAGUGAACUGGUGAGGACAAGAGCAUGGCAGGGGUGGGGUCAAGAAGGGGUAUGAGGAAAGGAAGUGGAAACAAUAUGAAUAGGCCACUCUUACAGGAAUUUUGCAGCAAAGGGAACAUAGAAAUAGUAGAUAGUAAAGGAAGUGAGGUCUAAGGUGGUAUCUUUCUUUAAAGACAAAAGAAAUAACAGCCUGUUUCAUGCUGACCAGAAUGAUCCAGUAGAGAGAGAAAACAGAUGAUGCUUAAGAAGAGGGGAUAAUGGCUAGAGUGAUGUCUUCUAGGAAGUGAGAGGCAAUGGGAUCCAGAGCACAGAUGGAGAGAUUGUCUUUAGGAGUCUAACCGGGUUGUCAUGGUAACAAAAGGGAGAUAGUGUAUAUGGGCACGGGUGCAAGAGGCUUUGGGUAGAUGUGAUGGUGGGACUGUGUCUUUUCUGAUUGAUGACUGUUUAGUGAAUUACAAAGGGACUUUAUCAGCUAGUAUUGAGUACUGGGGAAUGGGUAUUGAUGGUUUGGGAAGAAAAGAAAGCAUGAAUUACCUCAUAUUGUCAUCCAGCAGGAGAGUGAGGAGACUUAGUAAAUGUAAGAAGCAUGCCAGGUGGACUUACUUGAGGUUCUUAACGGUUGUGCAUUUAAAAGUAAUUUAAGAAAUCUUUAGCAGCAUUCAGCUGCUUAGCUAGAGUGGCAAGUCUGAUCUAAGCAGCAUUGGGGUUUAAAUAGGUGAAUGCAGUGAAGGCAGCAAGUGACACAGGGUUAGGGACAGCUGCAUAGUAGUGAUGAUGAUUGGCCCUAGGACCUAAUCUGGGUGAAGAGAAAAGUGAAGAUUUUUAGGGAAGCAAAAAUAAUGAUGUGCAAUAGUGGGAGGGGAUUGAGAGGCAGGCGGGUCACUGCAUUACUGAGUCAGGAUCCAGAAAGAGCAAUCUGGAAUGUACGAGCUGGGUCAGAGCAGGGUGCUUGAGGCUUUGAUUUGGGAGAGAUUGGAGUUACUGGUCUGGGGUCUGAUGAGGAAUGGGAAGCUGCUGAUAGAUGGAAGAAAAUAUUAUUGCAGGAGCAGAGGCCUAGGAACUCUUGGCCCUCCUUCAAUCCUGAUGUUUGGGUUUGUUUGGUUUUAUAUUUUUUUAACAUUCACUAAAAUCUCCAUUGCCAUCUGUGGUAGGCCACAGCCUAUCUUUAUAGAUGUCAGCUAACGUGAUUGUAGCUUGAGGCCACACUUUGACUAUUUGCCCCAGAAAGAACACACUAUCCCAGUAAAUCUUGUCCUUUCUAUUUUCCAGGCUCCCAGUGAAGUCAGUUUCCUUGGGGGAAUCAUAAUGCUUUGCUCACCUUUCUCGUUUAUCUUUUCUUUUCAUUUUUUUUUUAAAGUCAAAGUUAGAAGGAUUAGAAAGCAGCUUUGUUUCUGCCAGUUCUGCUAAAUGAGUGUUUUCUCUGACUGAUCAUUUUUCUUUAGUAUUUUCUUUUGUGACAGAGAGGAAUGUAAGGAAACAAUCGAAAGUCUUGAAAAGCCCUGGGCGAGAGGUUGGAAGAGAUCAGUAGAGGGUUAUGAAGAAAAGGACUUUGAGUAGGACAGCAUGAAAAAGGGACAAGUGAGAGCUUUGAGGGAGGGUUGAAAACAAAAACAGAAAUUUAACCAAAGGAGGCAGGGGAAAAAUCCACUUGCAUCAGCAUUUGGAGAUUUAGCAAGUGCACCUAAAGCCUGCGCCCAGGAACAGUCCACAUACUCGUGACACGGAUAGCGAGUUCAUUCUAUUUUAUAUCCUUAUUGCUUAAAAAAACCCAAAAAACAAAAAAACAACCAAUCAACAAACAGAAGCUCUCAUAAUUUGAAAAGAGACAGAAGCUGGUCCAACCAUUUCUGGUGCACUAGUUCUCCAAGCCGCCACAGAAUCAUGAACAAGGCAUGAAUUUCAUCACACCACUGCUGCUACUGGUUCAGCUUCUCUGUCUACCAGUAAAGGUACCCCUGAGCUUAGUCACAUCCUGCCUGGAAUUUUUCCCAAAAGAUUAAAUUGUGUUCCUUCUGGCUUGUCUGAUGCCACAUCUUGAGUUCUGGUGUCCGAGGGAUAUUGCACCCAACUCAAGGGGUUUCUCCUGUGCUUUAUGCACGGAAGACCAAGGGGACCCCACCUAGGAAGGAAGAAGGAAGCAAGGGAAGCGAGCCAGGGAUGGGUUUGCGACGCCUUCUGCUUUGUGACACCUGGGAAUGAAACCUUCCAAAGGUGAGCUGGGAACAAUGUGGCUUCCUUGGCCUCUGCCUCAGAUUUUCCCAUCUUCAGGGUGCCUCUGGUUAACUGGGUGCACCUGUUUGUUAAGGGAAUGUGCAGGAGUCGGAGGGGGGGCGAAUCUUCAACGAGCUUUGUUACCCAAUGACCAUCCCAGCAUUAAUAUUUCGCGGUAGUCAGAAACAUUUGGGGGAGCUAGACCACAUGUUACAGUGGAGAUCAGAGAAGGGACAAGAUAAGGUCAUGAGCUCUCGUCCCUAAGGGCAAAUCUCUUUCCUCCACUUGACAGGCGUGAUGCUCCAGCACUGUCAAGAUUAUGUUCAGCCACAAUCACUGGCGCGCGCGUGUGCGUGUGCAUGUGUGCGUGCGCGUCCCUGUGAGCGUGUGCGCGCGUACGUGUGUGAGCGCGAGGAGGUGAUGUUGGAAACCACAAAAUACAAUGCCACUGCAGGGUUGGGUUGCAAACUCAAGAGCAGCGGGCCUCCCGAGGCACCAUGGCAGGAGAGACAGGCUCCUAGCUUUCCCAGUGUGGUCCUCUCCCCAGGGAUACAGAGGACUCAGGCUCGCCUUGAUUCUGUGAGGCCCAGAUCCCAUUCCUGUCCCCGGGGCUGGCUCUCCUUCCUCUUGACUCUCAGAUCCCCAGCCCAUCCACCUCCAAGUUCUUUUUUUGUUUGUUUGUUUUAUUUUUGUUUUCUGUAAAUAUAUAUUUCUUAUUUGGGACGUGCAGGGAUCAAUUGAGAUUCUGGAGUGGGGGGAGGGGGCGGAUGACUGGGUCUUUUUAUUUUUUUCCUUUCUCUCUUGGAUUUUGGUGUUUGAACUUGAAAAAAAAUAAUUACAAGUAUAUAUAUAAGCAAAUGACUUACCUUUAAAAACAAAGACAUAAGUUGAUUUCAUUCUUUUGAUUUAUCUUGUUUCUCAUUGGGGUUGGGUGGGGGUGGGGGGGUCUUUUGGGUGGAGGGCUUUUUUGUGAGCUGUAUAGAUUUCCAGUUUGGACUUGUUCAAAUGAUGCAGGAACAAAAAUUAAAAUGAAUUUAAAAAAAAGACACAACCUAAAAACAAGAAAAACUUUGUGAUGUAUAAAAGCUGUAAAUAGUCAAAGAUUCUUUCUCUUUUCUAAUGGCAAAUUAUUUCUGUCACUUUAUAUUCAAAAAAUAAAGAAACCUACCGCAAAUUAUCAGGG